CCCAAGUGUAUGAUGGGAUCCCAUUUAUUAAGAUUCUGUAUGUACUAACAGAACCCACCACAGACACCUCCGCGAGUCCGCGGCCGGCGAAACCCUCACUCAUCGCAUCUACCUAUCUUUUUAUCGGAUCCUGUUGGUUUUUGAAAUUGUUUGUUUGUUGACAUUAAAGUUGGGAAAUAAGGGGGUUUUGCGUCUCUUUCAGAUGGAAAUAGGCUCUCUUAACAGUGAGCAAGUACAGGAUCCCGACAGUAAUGUGAUUGCAACAGCUCGAGAUGGUGUUUUGAUGGAAUUGGAUGCUGAAAAUUGUGUCCGAGAAGGAAAAAAAGAAUUUGUUGCACCUGCUAUUGGAAUGGAGUUCGAGUCGUAUGAGGAUGCUUAUAAUUAUUACAAUUGCUAUGCUAAGGAAUUGGGUUUUCGUGUUAGAGUGAAGAAUUCAUGGUUUAAGAGGAACAGUAAAGAGAAGUACGGUGCUGUUCUUUGUUGCAGCAGUCAAGGUUUCAAAAGAAUUAAAGAUGUCAACCGUUUGAGAAAGGAAACAAGAACUGGUUGUCCUGCAAUGCUAAGGAUGAGGUUAGUGGACUCCAAAAGGUGGAGAAUACUUGAAGUUGCACUUGAACAUAACCACUUAUUAGGUACAAAGAUGUACAAAUCGAUGAAAAAGAUGACAAGUGGAACAAAGAGGAAGUCACAGUCAAGUUCAGAUGCAGAAAAUCAAACAAUUAAGCUGUACCGAGCACUUGUGAUAGAUUCCGGGGGUAAUGGACCCUCAAAUUUUAAUGCAACAGAAGCCAGGAAUGAUAGUCCCAAUCAGUUGAACCUGAAAAAAGGUGACACACAAGCAAUUUAUAAUUACCUUUGUCGUAUGCAGUUAACAAACCCGAACUUCUUUUACUUGAUGGACAUCAAUGAUGAUGGGCGUUUGAGAAAUGUAUUUUGGAUUGAUGCUAGGUCGAGGGUGGCAUGUGGUUAUUUUGGUGAUGUGAUAUAUUUUGACAACACAUACUUGGCAAAUAAAUUUGAGAUCCCACUUGUGGCGUUAGUGGGGAUAAAUCACCAUGGUCAAGCGGUGUUGCUUGGUUGUGCCUUGCUUGCAGGGGAGACAGCAGAAUCCUAUAUUUGGUUGUUCAAAGCUUGGCUUACAUGUGUGUCAGGACGUUCUCCGCAAACAAUUAUUACUGACAGGUGCAAUGUUGUGCAGAGUGCAAUUGCUAAGGUGUUUCCUAGCUGUCAUCAUUGCUUUGGUUUGUCCCUGAUCAUUAAAAAAGUUCCAGAGAAAUUGGGAGGAUCACGCAAUUAUGAUGCAAUUAGGAAGGCACUGCUUAAAGCUGUUUAUGAAACUCUGAAGGUGAUUGAAUUUGAAGCAGCAUGGGGGUACAUGAUUCACCGUUUUGGAAUUGGUGAUCAUGAGUGGCUUCAAUCUUUGUAUGACGAUCGAUUCAGGUGGGCUCCAGUUUACUUGAAAGACACAUCUUUUUCCGGAAUGUCGGCCACACGUCCAGGUGAAACCUUGAGUCCAUUUUUUGACAAAUACGUACACAAGCAAACUCCACUGAAAGAAUUUCUGGACAAGUACGAAUUGGCUCUACAGAAGAAGCAUAAGGAAGAAGCUCUUGCAGAUAUUGAUUCAAGAAGCUCAAGUCCCAUGCUGAAAACAAGAUGUUCUUUUGAGUUGCAGCUUUCAAAAAUUUACACUAGAGACAUAUUCAAGAAAUUCCAAUUUGAAGUGGAGGAGAUGUAUUCUUGUUUUAGCACUACACAGUUGCACAUCGAUGGGCCAAUCAUAAUAUUCUUGGUCAAGGAGCGUGUCGUGGCAGAUGGGAAUCAGCGAGAGAUAAGGGAUUAUGAAGUUCUGUACAACAGAACAGCAGGUGAGGUUCGUUGUAUCUGCAGUUGCUUUAACUUCCAUGGGUAUCUAUGCCGGCAUGCUUUGUGUGUCCUUAAUUUUAAUGGAGUGGAGGAGAUCCCUUCCAAGUACAUUUUGGCACGAUGGAAAAAGGAUUACAAGCGUUUAUAUAUUCCAGAUCAUGGCUCCAAUAAUGUUGAUGGUACUGACCGUAUGCAGUGGUUUAGUCAGUUGUAUAGAAGUGCCUUGCAAAUCGUAGAGGAAGGUGUGAUCUCUCUUGACCAUUACAAUGUAGCAGUGCAAACAUUCGAAGAGUCUUUGAAAAGGGUUCACGAGAUAGAAGAAAAGCAUAACCCUGAAAACUUAAUGUCAAUACUAUACAUACGAAGUGGCAAUCGGAGUCGGGUUAGAUUAGAGACGUGCGUCAUGGUUGAAGAAGAUGAGGACGUCAUCGACGAGGGGGAGCAAUGUGGAUGUAGAAGAGGUCGGCGUGGUAGCGGAGAUCGGCGUGGAAGUGGAGGUCCGAGAUUGGAGAUCAGAGGUCAGAGAUCGGAGAUCGGCGUGGAAGUGGAGGUCCGAGAUUGGAGAUUAGAGGUCAGAGAUCGGAUCUUCGCCUCGUGGCUUGCCGCCGACGACGACUCGUUGCCGCGAGCAAUGGUGGAGAGAGAGCGAUCGACGAUUGACGACGGACGGCCGUCGCCAUGCUUCUUCAGAUCUGACUUGACAGCACCCACCCAACUCUUGUUUCUCCCUCCAGAUCUCUCUUAUCAGAUGGAUGAAGUUUCUCUCAACACGGAGCCAGCAGGCGAUGAUGAUGCUGAUGGUUAUGAGAUUGAAGGAGACUGUGCAAUGACAGAGUUUGUAAGUCAAACUGGCAUUAUGCAAGGGGAAAAUCCUCUUCCACCUGCGGCUGGAAUGGAGUUCGAUACUUAUGAGGAUGUGUAUUACUUCUACAAUUGCUAUGCUAAGCAACAUGGGUUCGGGGUUAGAGUAAGCAAUACAUGGUAUAGAAAGAGCAAGGAAAGGUACAGAGGAAAGCUUAGCUGCAGUAGUGCAGGUUUCAAAAAGAAGAGUGAUGCUAACCGCCCAAGACCGGAGACUAGAACAGGUUGUCCAGCAAUGGUCAAGUUCAGAUUAAUGGAAUCCAACAGGUGGAGAAUUAUUGAAGUUGAGCUUGAGCACAACCAUUUGAUCAGCCCAGCAAGUGGUAAAUUUUAUAAAUCCCACAAGAGCAUAGGUGGCGGAACCAAAAGAUCAUUGCAGUUGGAUAGUGCUGAAGAAGUACAAAAGAUAAGGCUGUUCCGAACGGUGAUUGUUGAUUCUGAGGGUCACAGAAGCAUAGAUGUUGACGAAGGAGAAUCUGGUAGUAAAGUUGACUACUCCAAUCAACUGAGGCUUAAAGAAGGAGAUGCCCAAGCUGUUCAGAAUUUCUUUUCACGCUUGCAGUUGAUGGAUCCAGACUUCUUUUAUGUAGUGGAUCUAAAUGAGAAAGGAUGCUUGAGAAAUUUGUUUUGGGCUGAUGCAAGGAGUAGAGUUGCUUACACCUAUUUCAGUGAUGUAGUUGCCAUUGACACUACAUGCUUGGAGAACAAAUUUGAGGUCCCAUUGGUUUCAUUCUGUGGAGUCAAUCACCAUGGACAAUCUGUGCUGCUGGGUUGUGGUUUACUUCCAAGUGGGACUAUUGAAUCCUAUACAUGGUUGUUUAGAGCUUGGCUUACAUGCAUAUUGGGACGUCCUCCACAAGCCAUCAUAACUGACCAAUGCAGAACAUUACAAACUGCUAUUGCUGAUGUUUUCCCUCGAGCUUCUCACUGUCUUUGCUUGUCCCAAAUAAUGCACAAAAUUCCAGAAAAUUUGGGAGGAUUAUUUGAAUAUGAAGCAAUUAAAGCAGCUUUUAUUAGAGCAGUUCACUAUUCUUUCAGGGUGGAGGAAUUUGAAGCAGCCUGGGAAGAUAUGGUCCAGCGUCAUGGAAUUAGGGAUCAUAAUUGGCUUCAAGCAUUAUACGAGGAUCGAAAGCAGUGGGUACCAGUAUAUUUGAGGGAUAUAUUUUUGGCAGGGAUGUCUCCUAUGCAACCAAGUGAGGUUGUCUCUUCAUUUUUUGAAGAAUUUCUGGUUAAAAGUACUCCUCUAAAAGACUUUUUAGACAAAUAUGAUCAAGCUCUGCAGACUCAUCAUCAGCUGGAAGUCUUGGCAGAUUUGGAUUCAAGAAACUCAAGUUAUAUGUUCAAAUCGGGAAGUCAUUUUGAGUUGCAACUCUCGGAACUGUACACUAAUGACAUUUUAAGGAAGUUUGGAAAGGAGGUAGAGGGGAUGUACUCUUGUUUCAGCACAAGACAAUUAAAUGUUGAUGGGCCACUGAUCAAAUAUACAGUGAAGGAACAAACUGAAGUUGAUGGAAACAGGAGGGAGAUGAGAGAUUAUGAGGUUUUGUACAAUCCAUCUGAGAUGGAGGUCCUUUGCAUCUGUGGUAUGUUCAACUUGAAAGGAUAUUUAUGCAGGCAUGCGCUCUCCAUCCUAAACCAGAAUGGCGUGCAGGAGAUUCCAGCUCUAUACAUUCUUUCACGAUGGAGAAAAGAUAUUAAGCGCAGUUAUGUCUAUGAUCACAGCUGCAGUGGCAUUGAUAUUAAUAACCCAGUCCACAGGUACGAUCACCUGUAUAAAUGCAUCGUGCAGGUUGUGGAGGAAGGGAGGAAAUCACAAGACCGUUACAAGGUUGCAUUGCAGGAAUUGAAUGGGAUAUUGAACAAGCUUUGUAUUACUGAAGAUUGUGCCUUGUAGUCAUAAAAUAAUGUCGAAGAUGAAUGGUGUAUCGUAUAAAAAUAAAAAUAUGCCUGAUCUGUGUAGCUGAAAAUAUGUGUGCAAUACAGAGCUCUUUCCUCCAGUAAAUGUUUUUGUAUUGGUUUUUGUG